UUUUGUUGCCACUUACAAAUUUUGUUUCUUUGUCAACUACAUUGUCGUAGUUUUUAGUAGUCCCUGACUGGCAAUACUUUAUUUUCUUGUCUUAGUACAUUAAAAGCGGUCUAAGUCCGUACCGGCAUACUGUCGUUAGAAUCUCGACAUUCUGAUACAAGUUGUUCGUUCACCUGUGCCGAAUUGGUUCCUAAGAUCCAGGAAAUAUCGUUUGUCAAUUUCACAUGCACCUCCAUUUCUAAAUUACUUUGCAAUGGCAUCCGCGGUGGACCCCAGAUGGAUCUCUUCAGGCCUGUGCGAGCGGAGUAUAGAGAAGGUCAAGGUUGAACUGAAUGAAACACCGGAACGUCGGGAGGAAGGCCUAGCCGCUCUGAGGGAGAAGAUUCGGGAAUACACUGUCGAACACGAGGACUUCACACUACGCAAGGACACAGACAAAUUUCUCAUUGCGUUCUUACGUGCUAGGAAGUAUGAUGUAGAGAGGGCGAUGAGCUUACUGUUAAACUACCAUUUGUUUCGUAAGAAGCAUGCGGAUCUGAUCGAGGAUGCAGAUCUGAAUUCUGUGCGACCUAUCCUGGAGCAUCAAGUGGUUUGUGUGUUUGGUGACCGGGAUUCAGAAGGUCGGCGAAUGUUCAUGUUCAGACCGGGUCGCAUAGAUCAAGGUUCUUUCAAAAUGAAGGAUGCUUUGCGCACACUCAUAUACGUUCUGGAUCAUGUGAUCGAGGAUGAGGAAACACAGGUGAACGGGUUCGUCUUCAUCCAGAACUUUGCAGACAUGACAAUGGGCAAGGUGCUCAUGUUCGACCGCUCUCGUGUAUCUGUCGUCAUGGAGCUGUUCCAGGACGCGUUCCCGGCACGAUUCAAAGGGUUCCAUCUCGUCAACCAGUCCUCGCUGUUCAGUAUUGUGUGGGCGCUCGUCAAGCCAUUCAUGAAGCAGAAGCUACGUGAGCGCUAUCACUUUCACGGUGCAGAUCGAGAGAGUCUCUUCUCGAAAGUCGCCAAGAGGGAUGUCCCGCACGAAGUGGAUGGUGAUAGGCCAGCGUAUGAUCCCCAGGACGUACUAUCUUUCCUGACUUCUCUUCAGGGAUGAUAACGUUAGGAAACGUUUUAUGAUUGAUGACGUCUUGAUUCUUCCCUGCUGAAUAGGGGGGUGGGUGCGCAGUGUGUGUGUGUGUGUGUGUGUGCGUGUGCGCGUGUGUGUGUGUGCGUGGGCGUGUGUGUACCGCUGAGUGGAAGUUCAUUAGGCCCCCAGACUUGCCUUGGUAUCUGGCUCUCGGCAUGGCAUUAUUUAGAAUAUUUUUCAAAUAUUCAUUUUAAGCAGAGGUUGCAAACAGUGAUUUUUCAGGCCUUUAUCUAUUUGUCACAGAAGCUCUUCCGUUUCUGGAUUCUAACUGGGAAACUACCAUGCCAUGUAUUGUGACUGUCGGUAUUUCUGUGUCAAAUGACUCUGACCAAAACUAUGUCGUACUUCAACGUUUUUUUAUGCUCCAAUCUACUCAAUGUAUCUUGUCACCUUGCUUUAAACCUUUCCUUAUGGCCCACUGCAGCUGAUAUUUACAGUAGCUGUACGUGUGCAAUGCACAUAUGCUUGACUGGACUUGUAUUCCAGAGUGCUUGUGCCAAUGGCUGGAUAUUGUAAAAGAACUUUACCGAAUCAUA